AGAGAGUGCAUCUCCAUCCACGUGGGCCAGGCAGGUGUCCAGACUGGAAAUGCAUGCUGGGAGCUCUUCUGUCUGGAGCACGGCAUUGGCCCUGAUGGCGUCUUCCUGGAUGAUUCCACGGAGCCGAAUUCUCGUGAAGAUCCAUUCAAUACUUUCUUCAGCAGUGGGAGCUUCGGCCGGCACGUCCCAAGAGCCAUAUAUGUGGAUCUAGAGCCCACGGUCAUUGAUGAAGUGAGAGUCGGAAAGUACAAAAAUCUCUUCCACCCUGAGCAGCUGAUCUCCGGAAAGGAGGACGCAGCCAACAACUACGCUCGCGGCCAUUACACCGUCGGCAAGGAGAUUAUCGAUGGAGUCAUGGAGCGGAUUCGGAAGAUGACGGAUCAGUGCACGGGCCUGCAGGGCUUCCUCGUCUUUCACAGUUUUGGAGGAGGCACCGGCUCGGGCUUCACCUCUCUGCUGAUGGAGCGCCUCUCCUUAGAUUACGGCAAGAAGUCGAAGUUGGAGUUUGCUGUGUACCCGGCCCCCCAGGUGUCCACCGCCGUGGUGGAGCCCUACAACGCCAUCCUGACCACCCACACCACCUUAGAGCACUCGGACUGCGCCUUCAUGGUGGACAACGAGGCCAUCUACGACAUCUGCCGCCGCAACAUGGACAUCGAGAGGCCCGGUUACGUCAACCUCAACAGGCUGAUCGGGCAGAUCGUGUCCUCCAUCACCGCCUCCCUGCGCUUCGACGGCGCCCUCAACGUGGACCUGAUGGAGUUCCAGACCAACCUGGUCCCGUUCCCGCGGAUUCACUUCCCGCUGGUCACCUACUCGCCCAUCAUAUCGGCAGAGAAGGCCUACCACGAGCAGCUGAGCGUGCAGGAGAUCACCAGCGCCUGCUUCGAGCCCACGAACCAGAUGGUCAAGUGCGAUCCCCGCCAAGGCAAGUACAUGGCCUGCUGCAUGCUGUACAGAGGAGACGUGGUCCCGAAGGACGUGAACGCCGCCAUAGCCAGCAUCAAGACACGGCGCUCCAUCCAGUUCGUUGACUGGUGCCCGACCGGCUUCAAGGUCGGUAUUAAUUACCAGCCCCCCACCGCGGUCCCCGGUGGAGACCUGGCCAAACUCCAGAGAGCCGUGUGCAUGCUGAGCAACACCACGGCCAUUUCCGAGGCCUGGUCCCGCCUGGACCACAAAUUCGACCUCAUGUACGCCAAGCGCGCGUUCGUCCACUGGUACGUGGGCGAGGGCAUGGAGGAGGGAGAGUUUUCAGAGGCCAGAGAGGACCUGGCCUGUCUGGAGAAGGAUUACGAGGAGCUGGGCCGAAUGGACUCCGAUUCUGAGAAUGAUGAUGAAGAAGUCUGA